CCACGCCCCUGGAGCGUCUAGGUCGCCUCUCAGAAAGCCAUGGGGUUAACCCAGAGGCAGAAACCAUGUAUAUCAAUCUGUUGUAUUGUGAUGAAGAAGACUUUUGACUAGGUAGAGAAGAAAUGAAUUAGCAACUUGAAAAACAAAAAAACAGUUACAACAACAAAGACGCAAAACAACUCAGCUUCUUAAUUAGAGAGUCUAUUGUAAUCAACCUGCCACAAGAUUUCUGUUUGAGCAACCCAAGGAAAAGCCUAAUGAAGACUCAGUGCUGCUCUCUACUGCUACCAGACCGGGGACUCAACAGUGGCCAUUAGCCAACUCAGCUUUGAUGUUUCAUGGAACAAUCACAAAAGAGCUAACCAUCCAUGAAGAAUGGAAUCAUUACGUUGAAAGUUUGAUAGAAGAUCAAAAAGAUUUUGUUUUUGUGAAGUUCAAUGGCCUUCAUCUAAAAUCGAUGGAAAAUUUACAAUCCUGUAUCUCUCUUAGAGUAUGCAUCUUCUCAAACAAUUUUGUUACAGAUAUACAACCACUUGCAAAUUGUUCAAAAUUAAUCAAACUUGAUCUCCAUGGAAAUCAGAUAAAAGCCUUACCAGAAACCAAAUUUUGGAUUGGAUUGAAGUACCUAAAACUCCUUUAUCUCCAUGACAAUGGGUUUGCGAAGUUAAAGAAUGUAUGUGUCUUAUCAGCUUGCCCUAGUCUCACUGCGCUCACUUUGUUCGAUUGUCCAGUGAGUCUGAAGAAAGGAUAUAGACAUGUGCUUGUUAAUAGUAUUUGGUCUCUUAAAGCAUUAGAUCAUCAUGUGAUUUCUGAUGAAGAAAUAAUUCAGAAUUGGCAUCUUCCUGAAAGAUUCAGAACAUGUAACCCUCGGCUUUUCUUUAAUUUCUGCCCUGCUUUGAGAAAGGGAGCAUCCUAUGAGAGUGAAAUUAAUAAUAUUAAACAUGUUAUAUCAAAAAUUAAUAUAAUACUGGCUCAUAACUCACCAGUUUUGAUAAUUCAAAAAUGGAUUCGUGGCUUCUUCAUUAGGAAAAAAAUGAGCCACUUGUUUUUGUGUAAAAGACAUCAAGAUAAACUUAAGAGGAGUUGUGAAACCAAAUGGAUUUAUAUAUACCAAGAAUACAAAGAUAGACUCCUUAAAGAUCUCUUUUUUAAUCCUGAAGCUGAUCUAAUGGAAACAUUUACACAUUGGAAAUAUUUUUCCAGCGAAUGCUCCUUCAGGCCCAGGGCAUAUGCCCAGUUGUCAUUCCCCUCCUUUCUCUACCCUUCUGCAUGGAAUGCAGACCUGCUGUCGGAGCUCUCCCUUGCAGCUAACUUGAAUAUAUAUUCUCCAAUUGCAUUUAGAUGUUAUAAAGAGCACAGAAAAUAUAUCUCCUCUAUUUUACCUGAAUCAAAAACAAGAGGUAUUGGCAUAAAAUCAAUAAAAACAAGAUACCUGAUUCCAAAAGGUCCGAAGGGAACCAAAGAUGAAAUUGAAGAUGAGGAUUUUGAUGACUCUUUCAGGGUAACAGUGUCCAAACUACCUAUAUAUGCUUCCGAUUUCUCAAAGGAUGCUUUAGUAUUUAAAGAGCAAAAAGAUGCAUUUCCUUCAUAUAUCCAGUCACAUCCAGUCAUUCAUCAAAAACCAAUAAUUAACCGGGAGAGUGCAUCAGAGAGGAAUAUAAUAAGAGAGUUUUUUAUAACACAACGAAAUGGCAUGAAACUCAAAGCAGUUUGUGAUAUUGAUCACUAUUACAUGGAAGAAAAGAAGCAAAGAAGCCAUAAGGAAAAGCUAACAGCUGUUGCCGUGGCAAACAUUGCCAGAGGAAAAGCCCAACAAACCGUGAAAGAAAGUGUAUGUAAGAGAAACUACAUUGCACAACAAAUAGAGGGAAAACAUGCGGAGGCCAUUCAGAAGGGUUUACAACAACACUGGCAGGACAGAGCCAACUACAUUGAGCAAGUGAGAGAGAGGAGAGGUCGAUUUCUAGAAGAAAAGAAACGAAAAACCGCAGAUCGUUUAUUAAUUCAAGAUUUAAAUAAUGGUCGCACUAUUUUCUCCCAAGGCAUAAUGAGAGCUAACAGAUUGAGGAAGAAUACAGCUAUUUUAAAAGAGAAAAGUAACAUUGUUCAGCAAAAACGAAAUAUGGAGAAAUAUCAAGAAGAAUUACGUAAACAAAUGAAGAAAAUUAGGGCUGAAGAAAUACAUAAAAGACACUGUGAAGAAAAAUUUGUUUUUGACAUGAUCACCUUUCAAAAUGCCUAUGAAAGACAUCAAGAGGCCAAAUCAAGAGUUGCAAUUAUAAAAUCAAAUUGUCUUUAAAUUUCCCAGGGAAAUGACAAAAUGAGCCUAUGCCACAUCACAAACUAUGUUCUUCAUAAAUUACAGUCAUAUAUUUUAAUACCAGGACAUGGAAAUAAUACAUUAAGAAAAGAAGUGCUCUGUCAAAAUAUGUAUUUACAUAUAAAGCUCAUAAAACAAAGGAUAGUGAAAACGUAUCUCUUAUUGAUCAUAAUUUGAUUUAAACUAAGUUGACUAACUUGGCACCCACAAAAUUUCCUUAUAUAUACAGACUUCCAAAGAAUAAUUAAAACUUAUUUUAUAUAGUUUUUUUUUAUUGAAGACAAUAUUGCAAAGGCAUUGCUUGUAUUCUUGUGUUCACAUAUUCUACAGUGUAGCAACUGUUAAGCCAUGUUCAAUUUCUCUGGCAAACUCAGAACAGUAAUUUAUAUUCUAGCUGCUGACUUUUAUUAAGACACUAUGCACGUCAGUUAGUUUCAUUACCUGCUUUCAUAUAUUUCCUGUUUAUUUUGUUCAAAAAUUUCUGAGCCUUUUCCCCGCCUCAAAAUAAAGUUCUUCACAAUUCCA